UUUGUACCAUGGGGAGUGUGCUUCUGACUCACAUCUCACAUUCUAUAUAAGAACCCAAAUAACUCCCAAAUGACUCACAAAGAAAAAAAAGUUCAAAAAAGAUUGAAGAAAUAUGGCCACAAAACUAUGGGUCGUCCUUGCGGCAUUGUCAUUGGUUCUUUCUGCUACGAGUUCAUCAUCCUUAGCCGAAUUUCCAGUCGUCCAAUUCUUCAACAAUAUAAAAGAAGGAAAUGUUUCUCUUGACUGUAGAGAUGGUGGAUCAGCUAAACUAGAGCCACUUCAGAGAUUUUCAUUUGAAGCCAAAGAGAAAGACAAAGAAUAUGCUUACAUUUGUUCUUGUGAGUAUUAUGGGAAUAUCUCUGCAGAAACGAGAUAUGAACUUGAAGUCAAGGGAUAUUCUCCCGAAAGAGACAUAGAUCAUGAAAACAUCUAUUGGAUGUUUACGUUAGAUGGAAUUCUUCUUAGUUAUGAUCAAGUUCACUACCAUAUAAAAGUGCUUUGGAGAGUAUCUCCAAAAUAAUUAUAUUGAUGUUGAUGUUGCCUUCAUUCGCAUUUUGAUAUAUUUGUUGGUCUAUGUAAUCCUUAGCUUCUUCCAUGAAGAUUUUAA